GUUCCGUCUGGCUGUUGUUGUGCGAAGCCAAAGGUGUAUGCGGGCAGUACCCUCGACCCUUGAAAUCCUCUUACGUCCCAUUCCUCCCACGAACACGUCCAUCUACACAGGCAAUUGUAAAUCGCGAAGCCCUGUCAAGAGAGUAUACGCAAGUACUGAAGCUGCGGCUUCCAUUGCUCCUCACCAUGGCAUCUACUCCAUCGAUGCUCACUAAGUUUGAAUCCAAGUCUUCAAGAGCGAAGGGUAUUGCCUUUCACCCCAAGAGACCAUGGAUAUUGGUUUCUUUACACAGCUCGACGAUUCAAUUAUGGGACUAUCGCAUGGGCACCCUGAUCGACCGCUUUGAAGAGCAUGAUGGGCCCGUUCGCGGCAUCGACUUCCACAAAACACAACCCCUCUUCGUUUCUGGCGGUGACGACUACAAGAUCAAAGUUUGGUCAUAUCAAACACGACGAUGUCUGUUCACGUUGAAUGGUCAUUUAGACUACGUCAGGACGGUCUUCUUCCAUCACGAGCUACCAUGGAUCCUGUCGAGUUCCGAUGACCAGACAAUUAGGAUCUGGAAUUGGCAAAACAGGUCACUCAUUUGCACCAUGACCGGUCACAAUCAUUAUACUAUGUGCGCACAAUUCCACCCGAAGGAGGACCUCAUCGUUUCCGCUUCGCUCGAUCAAUCCGUAAGAGUGUGGGAUAUUUCUGGCUUGCGCAAGAAGCAUUCUGCUCCAACGUCGAUGACCUUUGAAGACCAAAUGGCUCGUUCGAACCAAAAUCAGGCAGAUAUGUUUGGCAAUACAGACGCAGUAGUAAAAUUUGUUUUAGAGGGUCACGAUCGUGGAGUCAAUUGGGUAGCCUUCCACCCUACUCUACCGCUGAUCGUUUCUGCCGGUGAUGACAGACUGGUAAAACUCUGGCGCAUGAGCGAAACUAAAGCAUGGGAGGUUGACACUUGCCGAGGGCAUUUUCAGAACGCCUCAGCUUGUUUGUUCCAUCCACAUCAGGACCUCAUACUUUCUGUCGGCGAAGACAAAACCAUUCGAGUAUGGGAUUUGAAUAAGCGCACAUCCGUACAGUCUUUCAAGAGAGAGAAUGAUCGUUUCUGGGUUAUCGCGGCGCAUCCAGAGAUCAAUCUCUUCGCUGCUGGUCACGAUAAUGGCGUAAUGGUCUUCAAGCUGGAACGUGAGCGACCAGCCUCGACAAUCUAUCAAAACAACCUCUUCUACAUCACAAAGGAAAAGCAUGUACGCUCAUACGACUUGACGAAGAGCUUGGAGUCACCUUCGAUGCUCUCGCUGAAGAAACUCGGGAGUGCUUGGGUGCCCCCGCGCACUAUGUCCUAUAAUCCUGCUGAGAGAGCCAUCCUUGUGACGUCUUCUGCCGAUGGCGGCUGCUAUGAGUUGAUCAGUCUUCCUCGAGAUGCGAGUGGCGCUGUCGAGCCCACAGACACGAAACGGGGCACCGGUAACUCCGCUGUGUUUGUUGCACGGAAUCGUUUCGCAGUAUUCACUCAGUCAAACCAACAAAUCGAUAUCAAAGAUCUCUCAAACUCAACAACAAAGACCAUCAAGCCGCCGCCGGGAACUAUAGAUAUCUACUUUGGUGGGACUGGGUGCCUGUUCCUGAUCACAGCGACGUCCGUUGUUCUUUACGACAUACAACAGAAAAAGCAGCUGGCUGAGCUUGCCGUCAAUGGAGUUAAGUACGUUGUUUGGUCAUCUGACAAUCUUCAUGCUGCUCUGCUAAGCAAACACAACGUGACAAUCGUCAACAAGAAUCUCGAGCAGGUUAGCACAUUGCAUGAGACUAUUCGUAUCAAGAGCGCGACUUGGGAUGAUGCAGGUGUCUUACUCUACUCUACCCUAAAUCAUAUCAAGUAUACCCUGAUGAAUGGUGACAACGGAAUUGUGCGCACUUUGGAACAUACUGUAUACCUCCAAAAAGUCCGAGGUCGCAACAUCUACUGCUUAGAUCGCGCCGCAAAACCCAAGAUUCUUCAGAUCGACCCAACAGAAUACCGGUUCAAACUGGCCCUGAUUAAACGCGACUAUAACGAGAUGUUGAACAUCAUUAAGAAUUCUUCCCUGGUUGGCCAAUCGAUCAUCGCAUAUCUACAAAAGAAAGGCUACCCUGAGAUUGCACUCCAAUUCGUGCAAGAUCCGCAAACACGCUUCGAACUGGCGAUCGAAUGCGGUAACUUGGAUGUGGCUGUUGAGAUGGCUAGGCAGCUCGAUCGACCCAAGCUUUGGAGCCGUUUGAGCACUGAAGCUCUGGCACACGGAAACCACCAAGUCGUGGAGAUGACAUAUCAGAAGCUGCGCAACUUUGAUAAGUUAUCAUUCUUGUAUCUUUCCACCGGUGAUUCAGAUAAACUUAAAAGGAUGGCUAAGAUCGCCGAGCAUCGAGGCGACAUGACAGCACGCUUCCAAAACGGACUUUACUUGGGUGAUGCCGAGAAUCGCAUUGAGAUGUUCAAGGAAAUCGACCUUUACCCGCUAGCAUAUCUCACCGCAAAGACCCACGGACUUGAAGAAGAAGCGCAAUCGAUAUUGGAGAUCAGCGGCCUCACCGAAGACCAGAUUUCUCUUCCACAGCUUGGUAGCCCUCUGAGUCCCCCAAAACCGGUGGUUCCUACAUACAAAGCCAAUUGGCCUGUCAAGACUACAUCUUCCUCGGUCUUCGAGAAGGCACUUAUGGGACAAGUCGACGCAAUCGAGGACGCCGCUCCAGCGCCCAACGGAUCAGCCGAUGAUGACCUGCUCGGCGACGAGCUAACAGGUGCAACGGGUGCCCUAGGUGAAGACGAGGAAGACGAGGAAGCUGCAGGAUGGGACAUGGGUGAUGACGUCGAGGUAGAGGCAGAGAGCGACUUCGUCAAUGUUGAAAGCGCAGAGGGGGGUGCUGGCAGCAGCGAAGCAGACAUGUGGUCAAGGAAUUCGCCCAUUGCUGCAGAUCACGUUGCUGCGGGAUCAUUCGAUACAGCAAUGCAGCUGCUCAAUCGUCAGGUUGGUGCUGUGAAUUUCAAACCACUCGAGUGGCGAUUCCAAGAGAUUUACCAAGCAACGAGAACAUUUUUGCCCGCGAACCCUGGCCUACCUCCUCUUGUCAACUAUGUGAGGAGGACAGUAAAUGAAACCGAUUCAAGAAAAGUAUUACCAAUCAUUCCGCGCGACUUGGAGUCAAUCACUGCCGUCGACCUUCAGCAAGGGCGUAACCAAAUGAAGAGCAACAAACUCGAGGAUGGCGUCCAAACAUACAAGAAAAUUCUGCAGCUUCUCCUUGUGAAUGCUGUCGCGUCGCAGCAAGAGGUCAUUGAGGCCAAAUCCGUCAUUACAACAUCUGCACAGUAUGCUCUUGCCAUGACUAUAGAAUUGGAGCGUCGUAAGAUCACCAACAACGCUACCGAUGUAUCCUCGCUGUCUGAGGACGUCAAAAAACGUGCCUUUGAGCUCUCUGCAUACUUCACCAUCCCCGAACUAGAACCCGCCCAUAAGACUCUCACUCUCCUCGCCGCCAUGAACUUUGCAAACAAGAACAAGCAACUCUCUUCUGCAUUGAGCUUCGCGAAUUCGAUGAUUGAUCAUGGCACUAAUGCUAAGUUCAAGGAAAAUGCCAAGAAAAUCAAGACCAUAUGCGAACGCAACCCCACCGAUGUUAUCGAUAUCGAUUUCGACUCCUUUGCCGAUUUUGACAUCUGUGCUGCCUCGCUUACGCCAAUCUACCAGGGCAGUCCUUCUGUUGCCUGUCCAUUCGACGGCAGCAAGUACCAUUCGAAGUACAAGAACACGGUUUGCAAGAUAUGUGACGUAUGCCAGGUUGGUGCACCUGCUAGUGGGAUCAGGUUGUUCGUUUGAGCGUUUCGCCAGUGUGUUACGAUUGUGCCCUCAAAAUUUAGAUAGGGACCUUUGUAGCGAUUGGAGUACUAUAUAGCCAUCGUGAUUAAAAUGACAGGCGCUAAUUAACAUAGACUAUGUU